CUGGAGCGGCCGCCAUCUUGGAAUUGACGCUUCGCGAGAGGGGAGAACUGAGGCAGGGGCGGGGGGGGGGGAGUGGAGCGGACUCCCUCUCCUCCUGUCGCCAUGGCAACAGCUGCUGCUAACCAGGAAAUGGCAUCGGAUGUCCCCUUGCUGGGCUCUGCUUCAGGGACGCCUGGCCCCGACGCGUGUUCUGGAGGGAGCAUCGUCCAGAGAGCAAACAAGCGGAGGACAGGGCUCGAUUUUGAUGACGACGGAGAAGGGAACAGCAAAUUUCUCAGGUGUGAUGAUGACCAGCUCCCGAACGACAAGGAGCGGUUUGCUAGGUCUGAUGAUGAGCAGAGCUCAGCGGAUAAGGAAAGACUGGCCAGGGAGAACCACAGCGAGAUCGAGCGCCGCCGGAGGAACAAGAUGACGGCCUACAUCACGGAGCUGUCGGAUAUGGUGCCCACCUGCAGCGCCCUGGCCCGCAAGCCGGACAAGCUCACCAUCCUGCGCAUGGCCGUCUCGCACAUGAAGUCCCUGCGGGGCACCGGGAACACCUCCACCGACGGCACCUACAAGCCCUCCUUCCUCACCGACCAGGAGCUCAAACACUUGAUUCUGGAGGCGGCCGACGGGUUCCUCUUCAUCGUGUCCUGCGAGACGGGCCGGGUGGUCUACGUCUCCGACUCCGUGACACCCGUCCUGAAUCAGCCCCAGUCCCAGUGGUUCGGCAGCACCCUCUAUGACCAGGUGCACCCCGACGACGUGGACAAGCUGCGGGAACAGCUCUCCACGUCAGAGAACGCCCUCACGGGUCGCAUCCUGGACCUGAAGACGGGGACCGUCAAGAAGGAAGGCCAGCAAUCCAUGCGGAUGUGCAUGGGAUCCCGGCGGUCUUUCAUUUGUCGGAUGAGAUGCGGCAACGCCACGGUGGAUCCAGUCUCCAUGAACCGCCUCAGCUUUAUGAGAAACAGGACCCGGAAUGGGUUGGGUGCUGUGAAGGAUGGCGAGCCUCAUUUUGUCGUGGUCCACUGCACAGGCUACAUCAAAGCCUGGCCACCAGCAGGGGUCUCCCUCCCAGAUGAUGACCCAGAUGCUGGGCAGGGGAGCAAGUUCUGCCUGGUGGCCAUCGGCAGGCUGCAGGUCACGAGCUCGCCCAGCUGUGUGGACAUGAACACUGUGUGCCAGCCCACCGAGUUCAUCUCGCGGCACAACACCGACUGCCUCUUCACCUUCGUCGACCACCGCUGCGUGGCCACCGUUGGCUACCAGCCGCAGGAACUCUUGGGAAAGGAUAUUGUUGACUUCUGCCACCCGGAAGACCACCAGCUUUUGAGGGACAGCUUCCAGCAGGUGGUGAAGUUAAAAGGCCAAGUUCUGUCCGUCAUGUUCCGUUUCCGGUCCAAGAACCAAGAAUGGCUCUGGAUGAGAACUAGCUCCUUCACCUUCCAGAACCCCUACUCAGAUGAGAUAGAGUACAUCAUCUGUACCAACACCAACGUGAAGAACGCCAGCCAGGAGUCCCGGCCUGCCUUGGCCAAUCAGAUGCAGCGGCCCCAACUGGGCCCGAACACCAGCCUGCCUUUGGAGAUGAGUCCUGCCCAGCUAGCGGCGAGGCAGCAGGCGACGCAGCCAACAGACGUUGACGUGGUCCCUGUCAGGGAAAGCUUAGCCAGUUACGACCACACCCAGGCUGCCGUUCAACCGGUGGCCACCACAGGCCCGGACCAUGGCAAACCUCUGGAGAAAGCAGAGACCCUCUUCAGUCAGGAGCGGGACCAUCGCUUCAGUGAAAUUUACAGCAGCAUCAGCACAGACCAGACGAAGGCCGUCUCUUCUGGCGCUCUGCCUGCCAGCCAGUCCCUCUUCUCCCAGGGAAGCAGUUUCAUAGCUCCACGUCCCACCGAGAACUUCAGGAGCAGCACGAUGGUGCCCCCCGUGAACGUCAUUCAGCAGCAGCUGCCCACAGCACCGCAUUCAGCCUCAGCGGGGCAGAUCCUGGCCCAGAUCUCUCGCCACUCCAAUCCCGAUCAGGUCUCCGGGACCACGUGGGCUUCAGGGACAACACGGACGUCUUUCACAGCCCAGCAGGUGGCUUCCCAGGCUGUUAAGACUCGGCCGCCUUCCUUUGCCAUGGGCACCUUCCAAGGCACCCCGUCCUCCUUCAGCCCCAUGUCGACACAAGGCUCCACAGCUUCGCCAGGCGGGUCUGCCUACCCAAGCCUUGCCAGCCGCAACGCCAGCUUCGCUGCUGGAGAGAGUGGACAGGCCCCAGCCCCGUUCCAGCCCAGGACAGCGGAGGGGGUCGCCGUGUGGUCGCAGUGGCAGGGUCAGCACCACGGACAGAGUCCAAGCGAGUCGCACACCCAGCAGCAGCCGCCAAACCAGUCGGAAGUCUUCCCGGACAUGUUAUCCAUGCUGGGGGAACAGGGAGCCAGCUACAACAAUGAAGAGUUUCCCGAGCUGAACAUGUUCCCUCCCUUUUCGGAAUAAGGAUGGGAAAACAAUCCAUGCAGAUGGCGUAGUUUCCCCCGGCCCUCCAUGUAGCGACGCAGGAAGGGAAGAGCAUUUGUGACUCCCCACCCAUCCUUUCUAACUUCUGUCAAAGACUGCCAAAGCCUUCCUACUUCUGGGAAGCAGAAGCGCUGCAGGCGAGGCGUCACAGAGGGAGUCCGGCUCAUUCCCAGCUUGGGUGGAGCCUCCAACGAGGCCACUGUUUCCCUCCUUCCCAGCAGACCUGCCGCAAACCGGUUGCGUUUUGGAGAAAGCUGCGUGUGCAGUCAAAAAGCAGUCACAAGGACUUGGGGAGCCCAAUGAGGGGACGAUACUCAGUGUGCGAUCAUCAGGGAUUUUUAAAAGCUCAAUGGGUGUUUAGGUUUUUUUUUUAAAAAAAAACACCCUACGCCAUAACCUUUUAUACAUAUAUACAUAUAUAUAAAUAUAUCAAAAUUGUAUUCUUGUUUAUACGAUGUCAGGGAAUGGGGGCAGAAUUUGCACCCCGAAAUGAUGCUUAAAGCGCUGUGUAAUUCCGUCACCUGUGAACACCCGAGGCAUAUAGAGGAACUCGUUGCCGCACACUCGUUUCACUAGCGUCCGCACUCGUGUGUUCAGGUCUUGCACGUUAUCUCCCUUGAGCAGUGUUAAUGAAAUGGAGAAAUGGAGGGGUCUGCCUGCCCCCACCCCAACGGUUCACAGUGCUGGGCUAGCAACUUUCUCCCCCACCAGGACUUGGAUGCUGUGUAUGUCUUUAGGGCAUUAUGCUCUCCCCAUAAUGUAUAGGGGAACUGGGAUGCCAGCCGGCACUAGGAACAACAGGGAAGUUGGGGGUGGGGAGUUGGGGGGCAUCGAAGCUGGCUGCAGUUGGCUAGUCAAGGAAAAAGUAGGCAUGGCGUGUCCUGAAGGAAGCCUUCAGGUUCCUCUGUUCUCUGGAAACCCAGACAAGCAAGUGUGGUGUUUGCCUUCUGGGAUGAUGAGACUCAAGGUAUCCACCAAUGAAGCUGGCCCCGUUCUUCCCAUAACGUGUGCAAUUAAAAGUGGGCCUUGCUCAUUAGCGGAACCCUCUUGGUUUUCUUUUUUCUUGUAAUGCUUCAGGAUGGGCAACACUUCCAAGCCAUAAAAAUCAUCGGUAGCACAAAAGCUUUUUGUUGUUGUUGCAUUGUUGAGGAUUUUGGGGUUCACGUGGGUCUCCUUUGUGUCCAUCCCUCUCUUAAUGUGAAAUGGGACAGGGCUGCGAUCUUCCCUUGGCGCUCACACAAUUCUGGAAACAAGCGGAUUUAAUCUGAGCAGGUUUCCUGUCCACCUGUUGUUCCUGGUGAUGUCUCCCCCCUGCCCUCCUUCAGUGGCAGGGGGGGGGGAGAACACACACACCUGUCUCUCUACCCCAAUCCAGGCAUCAUCCUGCUCACCUGUUCUAGGGGGUGGGGAGUAAGAAUUGAGAUGAGAUGAUGGGAACCUUGUUCUGGAGAUGUGUGAUCGUCAUUGAAAUGUACUUACAUUUGUCAUGAAGCCUGAAUUCUUGGAAUCUACCACUGUCUUCUUUCAGAAAUUGCAGUUGAAAGUGGGGUGCACUCCAGGCUUUGGAUAGAGAGGAAGACUGUUCCUCUCGUGUUCCAGAUGUUAUUUAUACGAUAUCGAAUAGUGUAACAAUGCAGUGCUGUCUUUUCUGAAAAGGAAAAAUGAAAGAUCAGGAUAAAUUCUUUUAAAAACCCAUGGUGAUUCUCAUUUCUAUCUUGCAAAACUCAGCCAUUGUUUGCCAAACCGCAAGGAUUGAUCUCCCGGUGUCCCAAAAAUAUGGCACCAACCACUUUGCGAUUUAAAAGCAACAAUAACUUUUUAGUAAUGACUGCAGAAUUCAGCAUCUGGAUAAUUUCUACUUCUUUUUUUCUUUUUUGUACUUUUUUUUUUUAAAAAAAAAAAAUCAAGUUCCUAGCCCUCAUGAUGAAGAGGACCAGCUUGAUGUCUGUGGGCCCAUGUCUCAGAAGCAUUUUACUGUUUUUUGUGUCGGCCUUUUGUCCCUUGCCCUGGCUUAACAGAGCAAUUAUGCAAAAUAAACGAUAUGCCAUAUGUUUUA